CUCGCAGGAGUGUUUUGCGACGCGACAGCUUUCUACAGUUUCCGAUCUGGUUCUGCGAAUUUUCUUGCGUGCGUGCUUAACGUCCCACUUGUGUCAUCUUGAAGCGUGAGAGAGACACAGCUACGAGAUGGGCAAACGACAGCAUCAGAAGGACAAGCUCUAUCUCACGACUACGGAAUGGUCGACGAUCUACGGCGGUCGACGUCCCAACUCGACGCGCCAGGCCGAGGGCUCCGAGUUCAAGCGACUGCCGUUCGACCACUGCGCACUUUCGCUACAGCCUUUCGAGCAUCCGCUAUGCACACCCGAAGGAAUCAUCUACGACAUCAUGAACAUCGUCCCCUUCGUCAAGAAGUACGGCAUCGACCCCGCCAGCGGCAAGCCCAUCGACGCCAAAAAGCUGGUUCGGCUCAACUUCGCCAAGAACGCCGACGGCAAGUACCACUGCCCCGUAUUGUACAAGGUGUUCAACGAAAACACGCACAUCGUGGCCAUCAAGACGACCGGAAACGUGUUCUCGUACGACGCCGUCGACCAGCUGAACCUCCGGGCCAAGAACUUCAAGGACCUGCUCACGGACGAGCCCUUCACGAGGCAGGACAUCAUCACCCUGCAGGACCCGAGCGACCUCGAGAAGUUCAAUCUCUCCCGGUUUCACCACCUCAAGCACAACCUCAAGGUGGUCGACCCCGAAGAAGAGAAGAUGAAGGCCGACCCCAAGUACACCCUGCGGAAGAUCAACGCCGAAACGCGCACCAUCCUCGAUACGUUGGACAAGGAGUACAAGCCGUCCACCGAGAAGACGGAGAAAGUUGUCCGGAAGGCGGACAAGUUCAACGCCGCGCACUACUCCACCGGAGCCGUGGCCGCUUCUUUCACGUCCACCGUCAUGGAGGUCACCACUGCGCACGAGCCGGCCGUGCUGGCGGACGACGUCGUGCGUUACUCCAUGGUGAAGAAGAAGGGCUACGUCCAGCUCCAGACGACGCACGGCAACCUCAACUUCGAGCUUUACUGCGACGCCGUGCCCAAGACGUGCGAGAACUUCAUGGGCCUCUGCAAGAAGGGCUACUACGACAACACCAAGUUCCACCGUUCCAUACGCCACUUUAUGAUACAGGGCGGAGACCCCACGGGAACGGGGAAAGGAGGAGAUUCCCUUUGGGGAAAGCCGUUCAAGGACGAGUUCAAGCCUAACCUCGUCCACCAAGGCAGAGGCAUGCUGAGUAUGGCGAACGAAGGACCAGACAUGAACAAGUCGCAGUUCUUCGUGACGUACCGGUCUUGCCGCCAUUUGGAUUCAAAGCACACCGUGUUUGGCAAACUGGUUGGUGGUCUGGAUGCGUUGAACACGAUCGAAUCUGUCGAGACCGACAAUAAGGAUCGUCCUAUCGAAGACAUUGUCAUUCUAAAAGCCGUCGUCUUUGUGGAUCCUUUCGAGGAGGUAGACGAGGAGUUGAAGAAGAAGAGAGAAGACGAGGCAACGAAAAAGAGACAAGGGGACAGUGAGCAAAUGGAAAAGAAGCUGAAAGCCAAGAGGGUUCUCAAAGAGUUCCACAAGGGAGUUGGCAAGUACAUCGAUCCCGAAACGGCUAAGGCAGCUACCAAGGAGGCGGAAGCUGAAGUGCCAGCGAAGAAAGUGAAGGCAGUGACUGGGAAGUUUGGGGACUUCAGUUCCUGGUGAUGAAACCAGAAAUAUCGUUUUCAUUUUUAAAAACCUCCUUCGUCUUUUAGAUGCAUUGAAAUGCCACACAUGCACCAUUUCAGUUGAUGGAACUUUACAUGUGCACAUGUUUGGAACACUGUCAGCGGUAUAGCCAUCUUUCUUGGUGUGGCAUGGCCCUUAUCAUUUGAUAGCUGAAGGCCAGUUAAUCCACUGGUCCUUCCCUCUGAAUGUGGCAUGGUUUAUGUAAAAUUGAUCUCUACUGCCACAUAACGUAUCGGCUGUGUGAUAAGGCAUUUGUUGUUAGGAGGAAAACUCCUGUCAUCCUUCUAAAUACAUGUGAAAUUGGAAUUCAUCAAGAAACUGUGGAGCUGAUUUGAAUGAAAUUUGUUUCAUGUAAAAGAAAAAGGCAGAGUCGAGUGAAUGUAGGGAGCACAGUUUUCACAAAUAUCCGAAUAUUUUGUCUAAAUUUAAGUGUUAAGUGUGUGAAGCCUUAGCUCUGCUACAAGAAGUGGGUGUGACAAUCCUGUAUUACUUUUAAAAAUGUUGUUAUUCUUUAUCAAGACUUCCUCAGAAGUCACUUAGAAAAUCUUAAUCUGUGUGAAGCAUGAACUAAUAUGGUAAAUUAAUCCACUUCAAACUCUCUAUCGAUUGAUAUUUAUCGAAUUGCAAUAUCCAUUUUCUUGUCUUGGUUUGACAGUUGUAAGCAGGCUUCAUUUUUUAGUAAGCCUCUUAAUCUUUGUCAGUUUUUAGUGAAAUUAAGAGGGCUCUCAGAAAAAUGUCUAGCUUCCAACAAUGACUAGAAUUAACUUUUUUCCUUGCAAGGCCAACAAAUUUUAUUCAAAUCUGUUCAGGACACUACUAAAAAAGGCAUUUCUGCAUUUCAGGCAUAUUUGAAUGAGGAUGCGAAUAAAGCUUUCGAAUGAUGUGCCUGACAAGGGCACUGGUAUCGCAUCUUGGUUAAAGCAGAACAAAGCGUCAUAAGGCAGAGCUGCUUGUGGUACUCUGAGAACACCUCCAACGUGGUGUAGCUGUAAACUAAGUUUGUGUGGUGUAGCUUGUGUGAAGAAAUUAAUAUCUCUGCAAUGAUUCUGUCAUCAAUGUAUCUGAAACGUGUAUAAACUUUGUACAUAAGACAAACCAUACUUCAUGUUUCGUUUGCUGCAUUGCAUGUAAGGAUAUUGACAUAAUUGUGCCUCAUUAUCAUAUAGCGAUUUUAGCACAUAAAACCCCAGAUUUUUUUUUUUUU